AUGGCAGCCACCAAGGACUACAGACUGCUCUGCUUGGAGAACCCUCUUCUUGAUAUCCAAGCCUUUGGCGACGAGGCCCUCCUCGAAAAAUACGGCCUCAAGCCUAACGACGCCAUCCUCGCCGAGGAGAAGCACCUCCCCAUCUACGAGGACCUCCUCAACAACUACGACGCCAAGCUCAUCGCCGGCGGCGCCGCUCAAAACACCGCCCGCGGAGCCCAGUACAUCCUCGCGCCCAACUCUGUCGUCUACCUCGGCGGCGCCGGCGACGACAAGUACGCCGCCAUCCUCCGCGAUGCCGUCAAGCAGGUCGGCCUCCGGGUCGAGUACCGCGUAGACCCCAAGAUCCCCACCGGCCGCUGCGGCGUCGUCAUCACGGGCCACAACCGCUCCAUGGUCACCGAGCUCGGCGCCGCCAACCACUACGACCUCGAGCACCUCAAGCGCCCAGACAUCUGGGCUCUCGUCGAGAACGCAGAGGCCUACUACGUCGGCGGGUACCACUUCACCGUCUGCCCCCCCGCGAUCCAGGAGCUGGCCAAGCAGGCGGCCGAGAAGAACAAGCCGUUCAUCUUGAGCUUGUCCGCCCCCUUCAUCUGCCAGUUCUUCAAGGAGCCGCUCGAUGCCUCGGCGCCGUAUUGGGAUUAUGUCAUUGGUAAUGAGGGCGAGGCGGCUGCGUACUCUGAGAGCCAUGGGCUUGGUUUGACGGAUGUCAAGGAGAUCGCCAAGGCGCUCGCCAACCUGCCCAAGAUCAACACCCAGCGGAAGCGUGUGGCUAUCAUCACUCAGGGUACCGAGCCUACCGUUGUUGCCAUUCAGGGUGAGGAUGAGGUCAAGGAGUACCCUGUUCACGAGCUCGCCAAGGAGCUCAUCAACGACACCAACGGUGCUGGUGAUGCUUUUGCUGGCGGUUUCUGCGCUGGCAUUGUUGAUGGUCACCCCCUUGAGGAGGCUGUCAACAUGGGCCAGUGGUUGGCUCGUCUGAGCAUUCAGGAGUUGGGUCCUUCGUAA